UUUCUACGCUACCGGAUUCAAUUUUAUUUUUUUUGUUCUUUUCUUUUAUCCUUCUUCAGUUUCGAAGAAUGUAUGCUUAUUUCUAUUUCUGUUUCUAUUAGCAGGUUUGUGUUAUUUAUUUAAAACUUUGUCGUUUCGGUUUGUUUGUUUUCCAUCUACAAUAUUUUAUGUCAUUGAAAUUUGAACUCCAGAUUCCUUCACUCCCCCUCCCUUUCCUUCUUUCUUUAUAUGCGUACACACAUACAUACAUAUAGCAACUUACUUAUUUAUUCAUAUUUAUAUAUAUGCCUCAAUGGGAUCGCUCAAUACUCAUUGCUCUGCGUUCUUCUCUUGUUGAAGGUACUGCAAUUUCUACUAUUAUUUUGUUUGCUCUUGCAAAGCGCUCAGUGAGAAACCAGUUACCUUUUAUGGCCGUUAAAUUAUUCUUGUUUUUUAUUUCCAGAGUGACUAGAAAUUUGAAGGUCAAAUACAUAUGUUGACAAUAAGCUACACCUAAUUUUUUUUGUGAAAUUCUGUUUUGAUUUUGACCCCAUUGCAUUUGUGUGCUUUUCUGGAAUGGUGUAUAGGAGGUUUGAAGGACUGUGAUUUUGUGCUUUGCUGGGUUGUUUUAUGUGCAAACUCUCUCUCUCUCUCUCUGUGUGUGUGUGUGUGUGUGUAGUUUUUUUUUUUUUUUUGUGCUUUGUUGGGUUGUUUUAUGUGCAAACUCUGUCUCUGUGUGUGUAGCUUUUUAUCUGGCUUUUCCUUUCGAUGUGUUGAGGUUAUCUUUCUCUUUUAGGUAAGGGUUGCACUGUUUCCAGUGGAUUUUGAUUAUAUAAGUGAGUGUGAGACAAUGAUGGAUGGACGACGGCAUUCAGUUGAUAUUCCUAUUUCUAAAACUCUUGGAGCAUUGAGGAGAGUCAGGUCAUUGAGGGAUCCAUCAAUGAGCAAACUCUCUUCUUUGAUUGAUAAUGUGCACUGGGAGAAUGGUUGGGACAAUGGGGUUUCUCUGCGGUUUUUGGAUGCUACUCGUGCGUUUGAUUCUGACAAUAAUAUUGCUUUGAGAUCAAAGAAUUUAGGUUUUAUGGGACAAAGAGAGCAUGAUGUUGCUGAUUUUGUAUUGAAUUGUGGCCUGUCUAACUCAAGGUUGAAGCCUAGUGAAAUCUCAUGUCAGAAUGACCAACAAAAUGAUGAACCAGUUUACUCUGAUCUGAAUCAGCACUGCAUUUCUGGAAAUAAAUCACUAAGCGAAAGCUGUAGUAGUGGGGUUAAUGGACUUGAUUUGGCUUGUACCGUGCCUCCUAGUAAUCAUUUCAAUGUUUUAGAUGAUAAUGAUAAUGGAUGUGGAAUAAGCUGUUGUUGGUCAAAAUCACCAAGGUUUAGAGAAUCAAAUCUUUAUAGCGAGAUAGAAGACCGUUCCUUGAUAUUGGACCGGGUUGAUGAGAAAGAUCUUCAUGGACAUAGAAGCAUGAGACACAAUGGUGGUGAAAUUAGUCCGAAUUUGGAAACUCCUAGAAGUUUGUCUAUGAAAUUUAGGCCUAAAUUGUUUAGUGAUUUGGUGGGACAAGAUGUCGUAGUAAGGUCUCUUUUGGGUGCAAUCUCCAGAGGAAGGAUAACAACAUUUUAUCUCUUUCAUGGUCCACGUGGUACAGGCAAGACAUCUGCCUCUAGGAUAUUUGCUGCUGCACUGAAUUGUCUCUCUGUUGAGGAGCAAAGACCAUGUGGCCUGUGUAGAGAAUGCGUUUUAUUCUUCUCUGGAAGAAGUAAAGAUGUUAAGGAAGUGGAUUCUGUGAGAAUCAAUCGUAUAGACCAAGUUAAAUCCCUUGUUAAGAAUGCAUGUAUCCCUCCAGUUUACUCACGUUUUAAGGUUUUCAUUAUUGAUGAGUGCCAGUUAUUGAAUGGGGAGACAUGGGCCAGCCUUUCAAAUAGCCUAGAGAACCUUUCUCAGCGUGUGGUUUUUGUGAUGAUUGCUCCUGAUUUGGAUAAGCUUCCUCGAAGUGCAGUUUCCCGGGCUCAGAGGUAUCACUUUCCGAAGAUUAAAGAUGCUGACAUUGCAUGCAGAUUAGAAAAAAUUUGUGCCGAGGAAGGUCUUGAUUUUGAUCAGGCUGCUUUGAACUUCAUUGCUGCUAAAUCCUGUGGUUCAUUAAGGGAUGCAGAAAUGAUGCUUGAUCAGUUGAGUUUGCUCGGUAAAAAGAUCACAGUUUCAUUAGCCUACGAGCUUACUGGGAUCGUUUCUGAUGAUGAAUUGCUUGGUUUGCUGGAUCUGGCUUUUUCAUCUGACACUUCAAAUACAGUUAUAAGAGCUCGGGAGCUGAUGAGAUCAAGGAUAGAUCCUUUGCAACUUAUAUCACAGUUGGCAAAUCUCAUUAUGGACAUCCUUGCAGGGAAAUGUGAAAAUGGUGGUGGUUAUGAAGUCAGAAGUAGAUUUUCUAGAAGAUAUACCUCUGAAGCUGACCUGCAGAAACUAAGCCAUGCAUUGAGAAUACUUUCUGAAACUGAGAAGCAGUUAAGAAUAUCGAAGAAUCAAACAACAUGGUUCACUGUAGCUCUCCUACAGCUAAGCUCUGUAGAUUGUCCAUCUGUGGAUACAAAUGAUACCAAGUUGUGUUUCAGAGGUGCAUGCAAUGGAGAUGGUGAUUACUGCAAUGUAUCUUCUACAGGGCAGAGUUUAGAGCAUCUUGCUCCCGGUCAAUGUGAUAACAAGUCAUAUAGAUUAAGAGUGCAGGAGGAUUGCAAAGGAACAUUGCAUUCCAUAUGGUAUAAAGCUACAGAGUUGUGUCAAUCUAGUCAGCUCAGAACUUUUCUCAGGAAGAAGGGGAAGUUGUCUUCACUUCAUGUUGAUCGCACAACAUCUUGGCUGGCUAUUGCCGAGUUGGAGUUCCACCAUCGCCACCAUGUAUCUAAGGCUGAGAAUUCAUGGAAAUUGAUCGCAAGUUCUUUGCAGUUCAUAUUGGGCUGUAACAUUGAGUUGAGGAUCAAUUAUGUACCAUGUACUUCUGAUUCUAAGUACAGGCUGAAGAUGUCAUCUUUCAGUUUCUUUGAUUGUUCACGCAGAAUUCAACAGAAAUCGUCUAAUGAACAAGGAAGUGAAUCAGAAUAUGGUGAUUACACCUCUCAAAAACCCAUGAUGAAGGACAAAACUCUAACUUCUUCCUCUGAUUUUGGAACGACUUUGAGAAGUGGUGAAGGGAAUUUGCUCAGAUCAGGUGAAAGAUUAUUGAAUAGGUCAUUUCAAGAGAUUAUGGGGACAUCAAGUUCUGGAAUUGAUUCCUCUAAGGAAGAAGGAUGCAAUUGUGUACAUCUAGUUCCAUCAAUCCUCGAUUCAGAUAAUCAUUCUAAAUGUUUUCCUCAAACUCUCUGGCUUCAAAAGAAGAACCGUUCUUCAUAAUUCAUCCAAAGUUGACCUUUCAGGGAAUCCAACAACAGAAAGAUUUUGUUUUAUCCCGAAGUGUACAUGUUUUGAGACAUACCUAGGCUAAUCAUGCACUAAAUUCAUGAUAAUUGGAAACAUUGUUGUAUUGUUAUAAACAUUUUUUGACUUAGAUUUA